AUGACUGACUUUGAAAGAAUCAAGAACUCUGACUUCGAUAUCCACUUCCACAAGGACACUGACGAGAUCGAGGAAGAUGGAACCUUGAUUGUCAACAGGCAAAAUGCUGCAAAUUCUAAAUACCCUGAGUUCCUACCAACUUGGAACCCAGCGGAAAAGUAUCCACCUCUCAAGUUCUUCAAGCAUGAAGAUCCUGGCUUUAGAGCUGAUCCUAAGCUCCGCAAUCUCUUCCCCGAGGAUAAGGAAUUCAAGACCAAGAACAUCACUCCUAAGCUAGGCUCAGAGGUACAUGGAAUCCAAUUGUCUGAAUUGAGCGAUGCCGCCAAAGACGACUUGGCCCUCUACGUCGCCCAAAGAGGUGUUGUUGUAUUUAGAGAUCAAAACUGGGCCUCCAAAGGACCCAAAUUCAUCGUCGACUUCGCCAGACACUAUGGCAGGUUGCACAUCCACCCUACCUCGGGAGCACCUAAGGGCUUUCCUGAGUUGCACAUCACCUAUAGAAGAGCCGAUCCCAACGAGUUUGAGCGGACUUUCCAACACAAAAACAACAACGUCGACUGGCACUCGGACAUAUCCUAUGAGCUCCAGCCUUCAGGAACUACCUUCUUUGCUGUGCUCGAAGGACCAGAGGCUGGUGGAGAUACCAUUUUUGCCAAUGCUGUUGAAGCGUAUAAAAGAUUAUCACCAGAAUUUCAGCAGAGAUUGGAGGGCUUGCAUGCUUUGCACUCUUCCUUGAACCAGGCACAAAACUCCGCUGGACACGGAGGAGUCCAAAGAAGAGCUCCAGUGGAGCAUGUUCAUCCAUUGGUGAGGGUUCAUCCAGUUACUAAGGAGAAGAUACUUUACGUGAACAAGCCGUUCACCAGAGGAAUUGUCGAGUUGAAACAGGAAGAGUCAGACUACUUGUUGGACUUCUUGUACCAUCACAUUGAGCUGGCUCAUGAUUUGCAGUUGAGAGCACGGUGGGAGCCUAACACUGUGGUAGUGUGGGAUAACAGAAGCACUCUCCACUCGCCAAUUAUCGACUGGGACUCUCCAGUGUCUAGACAUGCUGUAAGGGUUACUCCACAGGCAGAGAGACCAAUUGCGGACUUGGCUGACUUGAAUAAGCCCGAACCUAGUCUUGGUGACGUUGAGGAGACCCUCGACAAGUUUUGA